AAAAAUGAGCUGAGUGUCUCUCUUUCACUCUUCCUCCAUUUUCAUCUCUCUCUAUAUAUAUAUAUACAAAAAAAAUGGAAAAGAGUACUAGUUUGGAGUUUGUAGGGAAAAUAAGACAUGUUCUUAGGGCUUAUUCAGUGCUGUAUUUUGUGUUGUUUUUGGGGAUGAGUGUGUGUGGAUAUGGAGAUGAUGAUUAUAAGCACCCGUUGUCCAUAAUAGCCAUACACAAAACCCAGUUGGCUCUUCACAUCUCUGCCUCUGUUGAAGCUUCCCCAAAUCUUCUUGGCUUGAAGGGGGAAGAUACCCAAUGGGUAACAGUGACUGUAGAACACCCUGAACCAUCUUCUGGUGAUUGGAUUGGAGUUUUCUCUCCUGCAAAUUUCAACUCAUCAACUUGCCCACCCAUCGACCCAGAUAAUUGGAAAAUCGGAAAACCAUACAUGUGUACUGCCCCAAUCAAGUUCAAGUAUGCGAAUAAUUCCAACCCAAAUUAUGCAAAUACUGGGAAAUCUUCUUUGAAGUUCCGGCUCAUAAAUCAGCGGGCAGACUUUUCUUUUGCUCUGUUUUCAGGCGGUGUUUCAAAUCCAAAACUGGUGGCCAUUUCAAAUCACAUAGCAUUUUCCAAUCCAAAGGCACCUCUCUAUCCACGCCUUGCUCUUGGGAAGGCUUGGGAUGAAAUGACAGUAACUUGGACAAGUGGAUACAACAUAGACGAGGCUGUUCCAUUUGUUGAGUGGGGUCUUAAGGGAGAAUCCAAAGUGAGAUCUCCAGCUGGGACAUUGACAUAUGAUAGGAGCAGCAUGUGUGGUGAACCUGCAAGAACUGUUGGCUGGCGUGAUCCUGGUUUCACACACACAAGUUUCCUCAAAGACUUGUGGCCAAACUCUCAGUACACAUAUAGAUUGGGUCAUCGUUUAUUCAAUGGAACAUAUAUAUGGAGCAAGAAGAACUUUUCCUUCAGAGGCUCCCCAUAUCCUGGACAAGACUCUUUACAGCGUGUUAUUAUAUUUGGCGACAUGGGAAAGGCAGAGCGUGAUGGUUCUAAUGAGUACUCAGUGGAGCCUGGUUCACUUAACACCACUGACCAACUCGUCAAAGACUUGAAAAACUAUGACAUAGUUUUCCACAUUGGAGAUAUGGCCUACGCAGAUGGAUACCUUGCCGAGUGGGACCAAUUCACUGAACAGGUUGAGCCUAUUGCAUCAGCUGUGCCUUACAUGGUUGCAAGUGGUAAUCAUGAACGAGAUUGGCCCAAUUCAGGUUCCUUCUUCACACCUUUGGAUUCAGGUGGGGAAUGUGGUGUUGUAGCUGAGACAAUGUACUAUGUCCCAGCUGAAAACCGAGCUAAGUUUUGGUACUCGGCGGAUUAUGGGAUGUUUAAAUUUUGCAUAGCUGACACUGAACAUGACUGGAAGAAAGGCUCAGAACAGUACAAGUGGAUUGAGAAAUGCCUUGCCUCAGCAGAUAGACGCAAACAGCCAUGGUUGAUCUUUGCAGCUCAUCGUGUACUUGGAUAUUCCUCCAACUCUUGGUACGGCAGGGAGGGCUCGUUUUCGGAGCCCGAAGGAAAGGAUGACCUCCAAAAGCUUUGGCAGAAAUACAGGGUGGACAUUGCCUUCUUUGGACAUGUCCAUAACUAUGAAAGGAUUUGCCCCAUUUACCAGAGCCAAUGUGUAAACACAGAAAGAUCUCAGUAUUCCGGUGUUCAAAAUGGAACAAUCCACGUCGUGGUUGGCGGCGGAGGACGCAGCUUAUCAGACUACAGCUCACUCAUCCCAGUUUGGAGUUUGUACAGAGACCAUGACUUUGGCUUUGUCAAACUCACGGCGUUCAAUCACUCCUCACUUCUGUUCGAGUACAAGAAAAGCCGUGAUGGUGAAGUCUACGACUCUUUCACCAUUUACAGAGAGUAUAAGGAUGUCUUGGCUUGUGUCCAUGAUAGUUGUGAGCCUACCACUAUGGCAAAUUAAAUAAUUUUAGUUUCUCUAACUUAUCACCAUUAGCAAGUACCACAAUUAUGAUGGUGUAAGUUUUUGCCAUUGUCUCAAGGGUCAUAUAUAUGUAUGAACGAAGUGUGAUCUUAAGGUGCAUUUUAUCACCUUGUUAGCAAUGAGAAAAAUCAUUGUGCUUUUUAUCUUUA